GUGAGCGGCUGGCGGGGACCGCGGUCCGGUCCCUUCCGGGCGGCGGUGGGCAGCGGCGGGGCCAGUUAUGAGCGACGUGGUGGAGCGGACGCUGAGCGUGCUGCCCGGGCUGCUGGGGCAGCACGACCCGGGCGCCGGGCCGGGAGGAGGCGGCCCCGGCAGGGCAUCGGCCACCUCCCGGCUCGGGAGCCUCAUCCGGAGUAUCACGGCGCUCACCUCCAAGCAUGAAGAAGAAAAGUUAAUCCAGCAGGAGCUAACCAAUUUGAAAGCAGCAGUUUCCGCCCCCACCACAACACUUAGACUAAUGAAAGAAUGUAUGGUGAGACUCAUCUAUUGUGAAAUGCUGGGGUACGAGUCUUCCUUUGGAUACAUCCAUGCAAUCAAGCUUGCCCAGCAAGGAAAUCUCUUGGAGAAAAGAGUUGGUUACUUGGCAGUUUCUUUAUUUCUACAUGAAAAUCAUGAACUACUACUUCUACUUGUGAACACAGUUGUGAAGGACUUACAGAGCACUAAUCUAGUAGAGGUCUGCAUGGCAUUAACCGUUGUCAGCCAGAUCUUUCCACGGGAGAUGAUUCCAGCUGUUCUUCCCCUAAUAGAAGACAAGCUCCAGCAUUCAAAGGAAAUUAUCCGAAGAAAAGCUGUUCAAGCUUUGUAUAAAUUCUAUCUCAUUGCUCCUAACCAAGUUCAGCAUAUUCAUGAUAAAUUCCGGAAAGCCUUAUGUGACAGGGAUGCUGGUGUCAUGGCUGCUUCUUUGCAUAUUUAUCUUCAAAUGAUUAAGGAAAACUCAUCUGGGUACAAGGACUUGACUGGGAGUUUUGUAGCCAUCCUGAAGCAGGUAGUGGGAGGAAAGCUCCCUAUUGACUUCAAUUAUCACAGUGUGCCAGCACCAUGGUUACAAAUUCAGCUUUUAAGAAUAUUGAGGCUAUUAGGAAAAGAUGAUCCAAGGACAAGUGAAUUGAUGUAUGAAGUCCUAGAUGAAUCUUUAAGAAGAGCAGAGAUAAAUCAUAACAUUACAUAUGCUAUAUUAUUUGAAUGUGUCCAAACAAUUUAUACAAUUUAUCCCAAUUCUGAACUACUUGAAAAGGCUGCCAAGUGCAUUGGAAAGUUUGUUUUGUCACCCAAGAUUAAUUUGAAAUAUUUAGGUUUAAAGGCUCUGACCUAUGUUAUCCAGCAGGAUCCUAAUCUUGCACUUCAGCACCAAAUGACGAUAAUUGAAUGUCUGGACCAUCCAGAUCCCAUAGUUAAAAGGGAGACUCUAGAACUUCUCUACAGAAUUACAAAUGGACAGAACGUAAUUGUCAUAGUUCAGAAGAUGCUUGACUACUUAAAAGAAAGCAAAGAAGAAUAUGCUAUCAUCAACUUAGUUGGCAAAAUAGCAGAACUAGCUGAGAAGUAUGCCCCUAACAAUGAGUGGUUCAUCCAAACAAUGAAUGCAGUGUUUUCAGUUGGAGGUGAUCUUGUGCAUACGGAUAUCCCAAACAACUUUCUGAGGCUAUUGGCUGAAGGAUUUGAUGAUGGAAACGAAGAUGAUAAGCUACGGAUGUAUGCAGUCAAGUCUUACUUAGCAUUACUAGAAGAGGAUGAUGCACUGUAUCCACAGAAAUUUCUUCAAGUUAUGAGUUGGGUGUUGGGGGAAUAUUCUAGCCUUGUUACAGAUGUUGAUCCAGAAGUUAUUUUGACAAAGCUGCACAGCCUGCUGAAGAAGACUUUUGUUACUUCUGAAACUAAAGUGUGGAUAAUGGCUACAGUCACCAAGAUAGCAUCACGUACCUCCUGUUCAAAAGCAGUUGAUGAAAUAGUCCAAGAAUUCAGCAACUCCCUAGAUACUUGCAUGAGACAAUAUGCCUUUGAAUUGAAGAAUCUGUGUGAGGACAAAGCACUGAUGAAAAACUUACUUCCAUUUGAUGCUAGCUGCAGUGACAUGGUGGUAGAUGCUUCCUUAUCUUUUCUGGAUGGGUUUGUGGCUGAGGGACUUGGUCGUGGUGCUGCACCAUAUAAGCCUCAUCACCAGAGACAAGAGGAGAAACUUUCUCAGGAAAAAGCUCUGAAUUUUGAACCUUACAGAUUGUCAUUUACUUCAAGUGUGUCCUCAUCUGGCAUCACCGGCAGACAGUCCCCUACUGGCUUAUCUUUUGGUUCUGAUACAUCUGUGAAUAGUGCUGAGACAGGGCAUAAAGAGACGGGUACUCUGAAACUUGAGGGAGUACGCAAGCUGUGGGGUAAAGAAGGCUACCUCCCAAAGAAAGCAAGCAAAGAAGGGAAAGAAGAAGAGCCACAAACUGCUUCUUGUAGCACCUUGUCAGCAGGACAGGUGCAGGACCCUCCUGCAUUGUGGUCUGAUCAAGUUGCCAGCAUCUCUGAGGAAGACAAAGAGAAGCAGCAGUUAGCAUCAACUUUGUUUAUUGGACUAGGAUCAAAUGCUGGUGUAAGUCUGAUGGGGAAAGCGGAAACAGCUACUCAGAAGUUCAAAAGAAGAUUGAAGAUAAAUGAAAUUCAACACGGUGAGGAGGCGUCAGACUUCCAGAAUAGUGCUGCUUCAGAUUUUGGUCCCUUACUUGAUACAGGACCUAUUAACAUGGAAGAUUCUGAGGGAAGUUUGCACACAAGGUUAAGGAAAGCCUCCCUCUCUUCUUCAGAUAUUGUAGAAGAUAAUUUAGCAUUUGAAAUGCCUCAGUCCCUCAGAAAAUCUGGGCUGGAUGAGAGACUUUCAGAUAAUAGGCUGUCACAGUCGUCUCUGUUUGCUGAUAGUAAUAUUGAAAUUUUUCAGCCUUCUCCAAGUGCUCAAUGUGAAAGUGCCAGUAAAACACCGUUAAUCCCUUCCUUACCAGAAGAGCUAGAAGAGCUCACGCACUCUGAAGUAGUGGAACUCUGUCAGAGUGAUGCCUUAGCUCUGUAUUUAUGUAAGGUGUGGACAGAUGACUCUCUGUUGCUCAUUGUUUUUGUUUCAAAUAAAACCACUGCGGUACUUAAUGCUGUGAACUUAGUGUUUGAAGAAGCAGAGCAUUUUCAGAUUUUGGAGAGUCCCAGCUAUCAGUUUCCUGCAAUUGAAGCUGAAAGUGUGGAACGUUGCCAGAAAUGCGUGUGGAUGGACAAAAUCUGCACACACGGAGUUCUUUCUGGCUCUGUUACUUACCAGUCGGAGAUGAAAACGCGCCUUGACUUUUCAGUCACUUUAUCUUUGAUGGACUUCAUCCGGCCAAUGGAAAUGACUACAGAAGACUUUGGGAAGCUGUGGUUGUCCCUUUCCAAUGAUGUGAAACAGAAUAUAAAAAUGUCCUCACCUCAAGAUUCCCUUUCAGCUGCUCUGAAUACACUGCAGCAGAAGCUGAAACUCCAUAUAGUUGAUGUUAUAGGUAAUGAGGGAAUACUGGCAUGCCAGCUACUUCCAUCUGUGCCCUGUCUGCUGCACUGUCGGACUCACUCAGGGAUGCUGGCUUUGUGGUUCAGAUCACCUUGUUCUGCUCUUCCGGACAGUUUGCUUUAUCAAUGUCAAAAAGUGAUGGAGGAAUCUUAAUAACAGUAGUGCCUGACCUAAUCUAUUUGGUGUGUGAAAAGCAAAUCAAAGAUUUAUAUAGUUGCACAGAUAAUUACCAAAGCUAAAUUAAGAUACUGCUUCUCAGAAGUAUUUAAAGCUCUCUUCCAGCUGGCAUAUGUCAUGUGGACGUGGGGGAAGACUGAUGACCUAAAUUACGCCUGCAAAAACAUGCUCAGGACUGUACAGUGACGAACAAGUAAUCCAUUAAAGUAUUGUUACCUGUUUAAGUGAAAUGUAUAUUUCUUAAUUUUGUUGUAAAUUACUAAAAGUAUUUAUUUUUAUUAUGCAGCUUUUAUAGAUGCCUACAGUUAUUCCUCACAGCAAGCUCUUAAAUAUGAUUUUAAAGAAAGCAUGUCUUCAUUAUGAGGUCAGACUUGAUCAGUUAUGAGGAUCAUCUGAUUUUAUUUUGAUAAUUUUUGUAAAGCUGUUUUUAAGCACUGCCGGCAGCAAGACCCAUGUUGGUGGUUGUACAAAGUAACUUAUGUAGCAACAAAUGCAUGGUUUGGAAAACAGUUAAAAGAUUUUAGUGAGCAACACAAUUCUCAUCAUCUUUGGUAUUUACCACUUAAGUGGUAACAGCUAAGUAAGAUGUGAUAGGCAGGCGUGUGAAAUUGUAUGGAAGCAUCUCCUCGGUGAUGAUCUAAGGUCCUUCAGGUUAAUUCCUGCCUGCAGUUCUUCCUGCCUUAUGCUUCAGUCACAUUCCCUUUCCUGUGACAGUCACUAAAUAUUUGUGUAUAUCUAAGGAUUAAGUUUAAUGUGGAUCAAGUCUGAGAUAUCUGAGCUGGAGGUAGAUGUCUGUGGACAUGUUGACUAGUUGGUAGUUGGCUAGUGGACAUAUUCAUGACUCUCCAGUCAACCCUUUAUAUUUAAUCUGGCCGAUCCCGCUGUCCAUGAAAAUUCACAUGGAAGAAAUUUUCAUUUCUUUUUACUUCUAAUUAUUUAUAGCCUCAGUAUGACUCUUUUAAACCUUUGACUUGCACAGAGGUGGCUGUGUUGUAUGUGCAUGGCCAGGAACUGCAGUAAGGCAUAGGGCACCUAAACUAGAGCAGCAUAUGUGAUAAAUGUGCCUGUCUAGAUUGUCUCCUUCCUGGAAUAACUUCACAGUCUUGAAGAUCCAGCAGUCUUAAUUUAUUUAGAAACUAAAUGAAAACUAUAAUAUUAUUUAUGACUGCUCAUGUUUGUUAUUUAAAAACAUCAAAGAUUGUACACACAGUUCAGACAUGGUAUAAAUGGAUUCUACAGCAGAAUUCUUUCUGUGUUUUAUAGUAAGAAGGAAAUUGUUACAUUUCAGUGUUCUCCUCGCCUGAUAAGCACUGGUUGUAAGGGAAAAUAAAGUAUUCUGUUACUUUGCUAAUGUUUUGGUAAAUGUUCAUGAAAACAUCGUAAGAAUGUUAAAUGUGCUGAUAGUUUUGGGUUUUGGUGGGUGGGUUGGUUGGUUGGUUUGUCUGUUUUAGUCAAGCCACUUGUGUUAUCACAAGUAUAAUCUAAGCUCCUUUUUUAUUGCUGUUUCAGUAAUUUCUUACUGAGCAAUUAAAAGUGCACUGAACCUGUAAAUAUACUUAAUGUUCUGCAUACUUUCAUGUUUACUUGGCACUUCAAGACAGUUUAUAUAAAUGAAAACUGAUUUAUAGUGGAAUAAUUUUGUGCAAGCUAUUUCCCUGCUGGUAAAUCAGACUUGUGUUAUGCAAGUAUAUAUGUGGCCUAUGCAUUUAAACCAUUUCAGCAAUGAGAUGUUCAAUGUCCUGGUGUUUAAAAAGAACAGCAAAAACCAAUAAUGCUGUGUAUUGUUCAUAUAAUGUUCUUUAUAACCUUUUUCACCACAUGAAUAGUGUAUGUUAACCUAUCAAUAUGCGAAUUCAAAGUGCUGUAUUGUAACAUCACGUAAAGGAGUUUGCA